AAAUCCUGUUGGUCUGGUAGGUCAUAGGUGGUGGGCUAAAACUUGAAGAGAGGAUGGGGAGGGUGGGGCGAUUAUCGAUCGUUGCUGUUAUUGUCGCGACAUUGGGUAUUUUGAGAUCGUUGAGCCAGCAGUAUGGAUGGGAUAAGGACGCAGCUCUGCAAUUCUUCCGUGAUUUGUCGGAACGAUUGGGAUUUUGGGCUAUUCCUCUUUACGUUCUGGCUCACACUGUAACACUUGCUCUCUGCUUGCCCUACGCUGUUUUCUUCGAAGCCGGUGCUUCUCUGCUUUUCGGUUUCUUCCCUGCUGUUCUCUGCGUCUUCUCUGCUAAGGUCCUUGGUGCUUCUUUGUCCUUCUGGAUGGGCAGACUUGUUUUCAGGCGUUCAAGCUCAGCAAUGGACUGGGUGCAACGAAGCAAAUAUUUUCACCUCGUAUCUAGGGGUGUUGAACGAGAUGGAUGGAGAUUUGUCCUUCUUGCUCGCUUCUCGCCCAUUCCCUCCUAUGUCAUAAAUUACGCAUUAGCUGCUACAAGAGUUGGAUUUCUCAUUGAUUUCCUCCUCCCUACAGUUAUUGGAUCCUUGCCCAUGAUUUUACAGAAUACAUCCAUCGGCAGCCUUGCUGGUGCUGCUGUAGCUUCUGCAACCAGCUCACAGAAAUCUCAGUUCUUGUCAUACCUUUUUCCUUUACUUGGGAUUUUAUCAAGUAUCCUCAUAUCCUUGAAGAUAAAAAAGUACUCAUCAGAGAUGUAUGUGGCUAAACCCUCUUCCCAUGAGGAUGUUGAUGACUGUGCUAGGGCUGUGGACUCAUCUCAAACUUCAAUCAGCGAAAAAGAUAGGGUUGGGGGGCUGAAGAAAAGACAAGUAGAUGAUAAAUAGCUUCAUCAUCAA